CAAGCAUUAUACCUGAUGAAAAGAGCGCGACACUCCGUGACAAUUUAGCACGCUUAUGCGUUGGAUUACGACCAUUAGGUGGACCACCUGUUACGGUUAGAGUUGACCCCGCCCCAGGCUUUGUCUCUUUGAAAGACGACGGUAUACUCCAACAGCUUGGCAUAUCCAUAGAGAUCGGUCGCAUCAAAAACAGCAACAAGAACCCCGUAGCUGAAAAGGCAAUUGCGGAAUUAGAAGGUGAACUUAUUCGGCAAGUUCCUAAUGGCGGACCAGUUACAGAACUCGGCCUGACCAUUACUGUUUCACGACUCAACGCACGCCUGCGCAGAGAAUGUAUAUCUGCUCACAAACUAUGGACACAAAGAAACCAGUUUAUUCAUGAACAACUUCCAUUGGAAGACAGGGACAUUAUCAUCAACCAACACAAGACCCGUCAAAGAAACCAUUCAUACAGCGAAAGGCCGAAGAACACCAAAACGGUUGGCAAAAGUACUUCACAAAUACAUGUCGGAGAUCUCAUAUAUUUACCCGCUGAACACGACAAGACUCAGCCACGAAACCGCUACUUGGUUGUGUCUGUUGAUAAGCCAUGGUGCUUUGUCAGAAAGUUUUCUGGUAACCAACUACGAGCUUUGGCUUACAAA